AUGGCCAUCGAUUUAUCGCCCUGUGCGACGUUCCUGUACACAGUACUCGCAAGCCAUCUCACAGCGACUCUGAUAGCUACCACGCCAAGAAAAUCCCUUUUUCGCAUCCUUGGGAAUUUCAUCCUCUGCUUCAUCGCAUACAAGCAAUGGACGAAUAUACCGAAUAUUCCAGGUUCAGAUACUGUCCGCGGCAUGGUGGCCGCAAGUGUCGUCAUUUCAUUGCUCUAUGCGACGAACCUGCUCUUUAUGACGGGCAUUGAUCUCAAUGACCUUAUUCGCGAGAAGCUCGCUGAUCCAUUAUCCAUGGGUCUUCGAGCUCGUAUCGAUGCCGCUUUGAAGAUCGUUCAGAACACGCGUGGCAUCGGGACGAGUUGGCAGGUCAAGGGAACACCGUGUCAUCCAGCAUUUUAUGAGCCGAAUAGACGGUCGCCGGAUCGUGGCGUUUAUGUGCUCCGGCAGAUGGUCAUCUUGAUAUGGCAAUAUCUGCUCCUAGAUGCUGUUACGGUCCCUUUGAAACUCAUGUCCGUUGAGGACAGAGCACGGGAGAUGGGACCGGGAACGGAGUGGUUGUUCUGGAAUGCCAGUCCAGAGCAGUGGACGAGGAAAUUUAAGACUGGAGUGAUAGGCUGGUUUGUCAUCGCUAGGUUGAUAAUCGAUUCAAAUCAUAGAUUGUUCUCAAUCGUGGCUGUCGGGCUCGGUGGAUCUCCCCCCGAACUUUGGCCGCCAUUCUUUGGGAGCAUGUGGGAUGCAUACACGAUACGUGGAUUUUGGGGAACAUUCUGGCAUCAAAGCCUUCGAUGGAUCCUGACAUCAUGGUCUUCUCUAAUCACACGGACAAUUCUGCGGUUGCCGCGGCCUUCGCUCGUCGAGCGCUAUCUCAACAUCCUUCUAGCCUUCAGCGUGUCUGGUCUUAUUCAUGUUGCUUAUGACAUUGGCAGUAAUGUACCGUUAGAGCGUUCUGGUGCCAUGCAUUUCUUCUGUUCCUUUGCCUUUGGGAUCAUGUUGGAGGAUGCGGUCCAAGAGGCAUGGAAACGGCUCACUGGGAAUCGCACAGGGAAGAGCGGAGAAACCUCGAUAUGGAAGAAGUUCGUAGGAUUCGUUUGGGUUGCUGUAUUCCUCUCCGUUGUCACGCCGUUUUACGCCUAUCCUAGCCUGCAAGUGCCCAAGGCAGCGGUUCCAUACAGCAUUGCAGAAAAGGCGGGUAUAACUCCAACACUCUCUGCAGCAGUCGUCGGUAUGUUGAUUACCAAGUUCUGGCUGGGAGGGGAGGAAUAG